AUGUCGCUCACAAAGGAGCAAGCAGCGGCAACGCUGGAAACAUACAUUCGCGAUGUGAGGAAUCGCACCUCUAGCGACGACGCGCGGAAGCGCGCUGCUCGGCAGAUCAGAGAUUUGGUCAACGUUGCGAAGCAAGGCAAGUCCACAAAUCCUGAGUUUCACCUCAGAUUCCUGUCAGAUAUUGGAACACAUGCUAACAUACAACGCUGCAUAGAAAUGGGCGCGGAGCAGUUUACGGCCUUUUUCAACACAGUCAACCAAAGGACCAUGGCGCUUAUACAAGGGACCGACACGUGUGACCGGAUGGGCGGUGUUUACAUCCUCGACGCUUUAGUCGACUUCGAUGGUAUCGACCUAGCCCUCAAGUACAGUCGCUUCGAGCAGCAUAUUGGCUACAUCCUCCGCAGCAAAGAUGUAACACCAAUGCAGCCCGCCGCGGUCGUCUUGGGAAAGCUCUGCAAACCCGGUGGCUCUCUGAUCUCAGAGCUUGUUGAUGCCGAGGUCAAGCUUGCUCUGGAGUGGCUCCAGUCAGAGCGAGUUGAGGAAAGGCGAUAUGCCGCCGUCCUCAUUCUACGCGAGCUGGCACGCAAUGCACCCACUCUCAUGUACCCGUACGUGAACUUCGUCUUUGAGCAGUCCUGGAUCGGCCUUCGAGAUCAGCGAUUGUUGAUCCGAGCCACUUCUGCCGAGACAGUCAGUGCCUGCUUCAAGAUUAUUAGGGAACGUGAUCAGGCCAUGAAGCAGGAGUGGAUGGACAAGAUGUUCCAUGAAGCCGUCAGGGGACUCAAGACCAACACUGUCGAGUCAGUCCAUGCUUCUCUCUUGGUUCUCAAGGAGCUGCUAGAGCAGGGUGGCAUGUACAUGCAAACCCACUACGGCGAGGCAUGCGACAUCGUCUUCCGUCACAAGGACGCCAAGGACCCGGCUAUUCGCAAGACGGUGGUCCUCCUCAUCCCGGACUUGGCCAACUACGCACCGAACGACUUUGCAUCAACAUAUCUGCACAAGUUUAUGAUUCAUCUUUCUCAUAUGCUUAAGAAGGAAAAGGAAAGGAACGAUGCGUUUCUCGCUAUCGGUAACGUUGCCAACUCAGUCAAGAGCGCCAUCGCUCCCUAUCUCGAUGACGUCCUCAUAUAUGUCCGGGACGGCCUAAGUAUACAGUCACGGAAGCGAGGUUCGGUCGACCCCGUCUUCGAUUGUAUUAGCCGUUUGGCCGUGGCCGUAGGUCAGACCUUGAGCAAAUAUAUGGAAGCGCUCCUGGAUCCAAUCUUCGCCUGCGAGCUCACCCCGAAACUAACCCAGGCUUUGGUUGACAUGGCCUUCUACAUUCCCCCAGUCAAGGCUACCAUCCAGGAACGGUUGCUCGAUAUGCUCAGCAAGGUAUUGUGCGGAGAACCAUUCCGACCGCUAGGAGCACCGCAUCCCAACACACUCACUUCGAUCCCGGCCAUCCCAAAAGAUCCCAAGGAUCCAUCAGUGCAGGAGCGAGGAAAGGCCGAGGUCAAAUUGGCUUUAAACACCCUCGGCAGUUUUGAUUUUUCAGGACAUGUCUUGAACGAGUUCGUCCGCGACGUUGCGAUCAAAUACGUUGAAGAUGACGAUCCGGAGAUCCGUGAGGCAGCUGCUCUCACUUGCUGUCAGCUUUACGUGCGCGACCCCAUUGUCAACCAGACAAGUUACCAUGCUCUUCAGGUGGUCGCAGAUGUUAUUGAAAAGCUCUUGACAGUCGGCGUCUCGGAUCCGGAUCCCGGCAUUAGACGCACUGUUCUGGCCGCCCUCGACGAGCGCUUCGAUCAGCACCUAGCCAAGGCUGAGAAUAUCCGGACCUUGUUUUUCGCCCUUCACGACGAACAAUUCGCCAUCAGAGAGGUUGCGGUUUCGAUCAUCGGGCGUUUGGCUCGUUACAACCCGGCCUACGUCAUUCCACAGUUGCGUAAGACCAUUAUUCAGAUGCUAACGGAACUGGAAUACACGGAUGUGGCCAGGAGUAAAGAGGAGAGUUCCAAGUUGCUGAGUCUGCUUACGCAGCAUGCCCAGGAUUUGGUCAAGCCCUACGUGAACUCCAUAACCGAGGUUCUCUUACCAAAAGCGCGUGAUCCCACGCCUUCUGUGGCUGCAACGGUCCUUCAGGCGAUCGGCGAGUUGUGCACGGUCGGCGGUGAAUCCAUGCUUGCUUACAAGGAUACGUUGAUGCCCAUUAUCAUUGACGCCCUACAGGAUCAGAGUGCUCCUAUCAAGCGGGAAGCUGCUCUCCACACACUCGGUCAACUUGCUAGCAACGCUGGCUAUGUCAUCAAACCCUAUCUCGAAUAUCCCCAACUUCUGGAGAUUCUCCAGUCAAUCAUCCGCGGAGAGCCCCAACACGGCACAUUGCGACAGGAGACCAUCAAACUUAUGGGCAUUCUAGGCGCUCUGGACCCUUACAAACAUCAGGUCGAAGAAAGGACUGAUGACAACAAGCGGAACAAUGAAGCCGCCCAACUGACUGAUGUCUCUCUGAUGAUGGGUGGCCUAACACCAUCUAAUGAAGACUACUAUCCGACCGUGGUGAUCAACGCACUGCUUCAGAUCUUGAAGGAUCAGUCUUUAGUCCAGUGGCACGGAAACGUUGUCGAUGCCAUCAUGAGCAUUUUCAUCACUCUGGGACUGAAGUGUGUACAGUUCCUUGAUCGUGUGGUCCCCGCCUUCAUAUCAGUCAUUCGUGCAUCGAGUAACGCCCGGCUUGAGUUCUACUUCAAUCACUUGAGCAGGCUGGUCAGUAUCGUUCGCCAACACAUCCGAGUUUAUCUCAAGGACAUCAUCGAUGUUCUUCAGGAGUACUGGCACACAACUCUAGCGCUUCAGAGCACUAUCCUGGGGCUGAUAGAGUCAAUCUCGCGGUCUCUUGAGGGCGAGUUCAAGAUUUACCUCGCCAAGUUACUCCCACUCAUGCUGGGCGUGCUCGAGAAGGAUGUUAGCACGAAGCGGCAACCUAGCGAGAAAGUGUUCCACGCGUUCCUGGUAUUUGGCUCAAGCGCCGAAGAGUACAUGCAUCUGAUAAUCCCAGUUAUUGUACGUCUCUUCGACAGUCACAGCCAGCCAUUGUUCCUUCGGAAAUCGGCUAUCGAGACGAUCGGCAAGCUUUCGAGCAUGGUGAACUUGAACGACUACGCGUCAAAGAUCAUCCAUCCUCUGACUCGUGUGUUGGCUAGUGGCGAGCCGAGUCUUCGGGUAGCGGCUUUGGACACACUUUGCGCCCUUAUGCUGCAACUAGGACGCGACUACUUGCAUUUCGAGCACACGGUCGACAAGGCGAUCUCCAUGUAUGCCAUCCAGCACUCGAAUUAUGAGAAGGCUAUCGAGAAGCUCAAGAAGGGCGAGGCCCUCCCACAAAAUCUUGCUCCUCGGUUUGAAGACAUCUCCAUGGAGGGCUUUGCUGCCGAAAACAACCCACCCAAGAAGUUGACCCUGAAUCCGGUGCAUCUCAAGCAAGUGUGGGAAACAAAGGGCAAGUCCACCAAGGACGAUUGGCAUGAGUGGUUCAGGAAGUUUAGCACAACUCUUCUUACCGAGUCACCGAACCAUUCCUUGCGUGCUUGUGCCAGCUUGGCCAGCAACUACCAGCCUCUUGCGCGUGAGCUCUUCAACUCGGCCUUCGUAUCCUGCUGGAGCGAGCUUUAUGAACAGUUCCAGGAGGACUUGAUCACCAAUAUUGAGAAUACGAUCAAAUCGGAGAACGUGCCACCGGAUCUCCUUGGCCAGCUUCUCAACCUUGCCGAAUUUAUGGAGCACGAUGAUAAGGCGCUGCCUAUUGACAUAAGAGUAUUGGGACGUGAGGCCGCACGUUGCCACGCAUACGCAAAGGCUCUUCACUAUAAAGAGCUUGAGUUUUUGCAGGACCACAAUAGUGGUGCAGUGGAGGCUUUGAUUGUCAUCAACAACCAGCUUCAGCAAUCCGAUGCUGCCAUCGGUAUUCUUCGUAAAGUAAAGACCUACAGGGAGGGUAUUCAGUUGCGCGAGAGUUGGUUCGAGAAGCUCGAGCGUUGGGACGAGGCCCUCAACUUCUACUGCCAACGCGAGCGCGAAAUUCCCGAAGACCAGCCUGUUCCCGUCGACAUUGUGAUGGGCAAGAUGCGUUGUUAUCAUGCUCUUGGCGAAUGGGAUUCCCUAGCUACGCUUGCUGGAAAGACCUGGGCCAAUUCGGCACCUGAGAUUCAGCGACGCAUUGCUCCAUUAGCCACAACCGCUGCCUGGGGUCUCGGCAAAUGGGACUCGAUGGACAGCUACCUUCAGUCAAUGAAGCGCUUCUCCCCAGACAGAGCCUUCUUCGGUGCGAUUCUGGCCCUUCACCGCAAUCAAUUCAGGGAGGCUAUGGCAUGCAUCGAGCAAGCUCGCGAAGGACUGGAUACCGAGCUUAGUGCGCUUGUUAGCGAGUCUUACAACCGGGCUUAUCAGGUUGUAGUACGUGUCCAGAUGCUCGCGGAGCUGGAAGAGCUCAUUGUCUACAAGCAAUGCGACGGAGAGAAGCAGGCUACCAUGCGCAGAACCUGGGAGACUCGUCUCAAGGGCUGCCAGCGCAAUGUCGAGGUAUGGCAACGCAUGCUGCGUUUGAGAUCGCUUGUCAUGACUCCGCAGGAGAACAUGCAUAUGUGGACCAAGUUUGCCAACCUUUGUCGCAAGUCGGGCCGCAUGGGACUCGCCGAAAAGUCACUCAAGCAGCUUAUUGGAACCGACUCGCCGUUGGACUCUGUCAUUCCUUACUGGCAUGAUCGCCAUCCGGGCCCGGUCGGCAACAGAAUCGCGUCUCCGAUCUUGUAUGCGGUUCUGAAGUUCCAGUGGGAGAUUGGACAGUCACCAGGAUUCCGCAAUUCGGAGCACAGGGUUGCCGAGAAGACGCUGUACUGCUUGCAGAGGUUCACGCAGGAGACUGCGCACCGCGUUGAGACCUCGCGUAUGCACAUGGCUGCCCAUGCACAGAACGGCAUGGAGGUGCAAAACCAGCCAGGGUUUGCUGAGUUUAAUGAAGAGAUGUUGAAUCCACAGGCGCAGAAACACUGGCUUGAGCAGACUGUCUUGCUUGCCAAGUGCUAUCUACGCCAGGGUGAGUGGAUGGUCUCGCUGAACAAGGACGACUGGCAGCAAAGAUACCGCGCCGAAGUCCUUGACUGCUACUACAAGGCUACCCACUACAACAACAAGUGGUAUAAGGCUUGGCACGCAUGGGCUCUGGCCAACUUCGAAGUCGUCCAGUACCUGACAGGAAACCGUGAGGUUGAUGUGCGCAACAAUGGGGAGCAGAAUUACAUCAUUCAGUACGUGGUGCCUGCUGUUCGUGGAUUCUUUGAAUCCAUCGCGCUGUCCUCUGGCAGCUCUUUGCAGGACACUUUGCGCCUCUUGGCCUUGUGGCUCACCCACGGUGGCCACAUUGAUGUCCAUAACGCCGUCACUGAAGGAUUUACGCGUGUCAGUGUUGAUACCUGGCUUGAGGUCAUACCCCAGUUGAUCGCCAGAAUCAACCAGCCUCACAAGAGGGUGCAGCAGUCAGUCCAUGGGUUAUUGGCCGACGUUGGUCGUGCUCACCCUCAGGCGUUGGUGUAUCCGUUGACAGUCGCAAGAAAGUCCUGGCACAACACGCGUAGGGUACGGUCGGCCAACCAAAUUCUUGAAAGUAUGCGUCAACACAGUCUCCGGCUUGUUGAGCAAGCGGAAAUUGUCAGUGGUGAGCUCAUUCGCGUCGCAGUGCUAUGGCACGAGUUGUGGCACGAGGCCCUCGAGGAAGCUUCGCGCUUGUACUUUGGCGACCACAACAUUGAGGGCAUGUUUGCCACUCUCGAGCCGCUUCACGAGUUGCUGGAGGCUGGCCCGCAAACCCUUAGAGAAAUCUCUUUCGCCCAGACCUUUGGCCGUGAUUUAAGCGAAGCGCGGGAUUGGUGCCGUCAGUAUCAAGAGACACAAGACUCCAAUGACCUUAACCAGGCAUGGGACCUUUACUACACGGUGUUCCGUCGCAUCACCCGUCAACUUCCGCAGAUGACCUCCCUCGAGUUGGCUUACUGCUCGCCUAAUUUGCUAAACGCCAAGGAUCUCGAACUUGCUGUGCCCGGAACGUACCGCAGUGGCCAGGAGGUUGUUAGGAUCAUGUCUUUUGACGCCACCUUCAGCGUGAUCAGCUCCAAGCAGCGGCCUCGCAAGCUCGAUAUCGUUGGCAGCGAUGGCAAGACAUACACUUUCCUUCUCAAGGGACACGAAGAUAUCCGCCAAGAUGAGCGUGUCAUGCAGCUGUUCGGUCUUUGCAAUACUUUGUUGGCCAAUGACUCGGAAUGCUUCAAACGACACCUCAACAUACAGCGAUACCCGGCUAUUCCUCUUUCACAGAACUCUGGUCUUCUCGGCUGGGUCCCCAACAGUGACACUGUCCAUCAGUUGAUUCGGGAGUACAGAGAUUCCAGAAAAAUUCUCCUCAACAUUGAGCAUCGUAUCAUGUUGCAGAUGGCUCCCGACUACGACAACCUUACGCUUAUGCAAAAGGUUGAGGUCUUUGGAUAUGCUCUUGAUAAUACCACUGGCCAGGAUCUGUACCGUGUCCUGUGGUUGAAGAGCAAGUCUUCUGAGGCCUGGCUGGAUAGGAGAACAAACUACACACGUUCUCUUGGUGUCAUGUCGAUGGUCGGCUACAUCCUCGGCUUGGGCGAUCGCCAUCCUAGCAACUUGAUGCUUGACCGUAUUACGGGCAAGAUCAUCCACAUUGAUUUCGGUGACUGCUUCGAAGUAGCCAUGAAGCGCGAGAAGUAUCCUGAGCGGGUGCCGUUCAGACUGACUCGCAUGCUCACAUAUGCUAUGGAAGUUAGUAACAUAGAGGGUAGUUUCCGUACCACCUGUGAGCAUGUGAUGAGGGUGUUGCGCGAGAACAAGGAGAGUGUCAUGGCUGUCCUUGAAGCUUUUAUUCACGAUCCUUUGCUCAACUGGCGCUUGACCAACCCCACCAGCCCGCCCGGUCCCAACUUCAACGCCGAGCGAGAGGUCGCUAUGCCUGGUGGCCCUGGUCCGCGCGCCCGCAGGCCAUCUAUCCUUGACGCUCCCGUGGCACCUACCGAGUUCCUUGCCGCGCAGGCUGCUCCUGGAGCGGAUGGGCAUGGAAUGGGGAUGUCCGCUAACCCCGGACGCUCCCGUGCCCGCACCAAUUCGUCUGCCAUCUAUCCGACUGGCAGCAGCAUGGUUAAUGGCCAUGGAAACAACCAGCAAGAGCAACAGGAGGUUCAGAACGCGCGCGCCCUCGAGGUUUUGGACCGUGUGCAGCAGAAGCUCACUGGUCGCGACUUCAAGCCUCAUGAGGAGCUCAACGUUACUGAUCAGGUUAACAAGCUGAUCAUUGAGGCCACCAAGCUUGAGAACUUGUGCCAGCACUACAUAGGAUGGUGCAGUUUCUGGUAAACAUGCUUUAGGGAGAUGAAAACAGGACGUUGGGAUAUGGUUCAUCGAAAGCUUUGGUGGCUGGUGGUCUCAGACUUGCUAUAACUUUACUAUAACUUGCUAUAAAGGUGAAACAGGGGGAUUAGAAUACUGGUUGAAAUGGUGCUAUAGGUGAACUGGGGCGGUUUUUGAUGGGAACAAGCGAGAUCAUCAAGUUGGCGUUGGGGAAGUGGUUACAUAGGCACUUUUGCGAUGUUUUGUCUGGGUAGAUGUUCAUUUUAUGUUUUUAAUAGAGCGCGUAUAC